AUGAAACCAAUCUUUCUUGCUCUUCUUCUGCCUUUGGCAUUAGCUGAAGAGGAAUAUAGGCCCAGAUACUGGCUGACCAAUGCUGGAUAUGGCGCCCCACCUUACGAAAAACUGACCUCUAAAUGCAAGCAAAAUAAGAAUUGGAACUAUUUCUGCGGAACAAGUCCCAACCCUGUGGGCUCUGAGGAUAUUCUUCCGUUUCCUGACCUUUAUCCAACCAGACGCUACGGUUGUGAGUACGCGGUGCAACAGGAGGGGUCAAAGCUGGGAACAUGUCAAGUUAAUCAAGUCCCCGGAUACUGUCCCUACUAA